AAUCUGCUUUAAGUCUGGUUUUAUUUAAUGUCUAUUAAUGAUCUGGAAGGAAGCAGUAAACACCGCAUUCAUUCAAUUUAUUUUUGAUAUAACGGCUCAUAUGAAUUAGAGAGGUGUUGUGUGAACCAAUGGGGACAGAUGCAAAACAUAAAGAAACCUAGACAAGCUGGAAAUAGCAAAACGACAGCCAAGUGGAUGGGCACUAAGCAAUAGACUGCAGCAGGAAGCUCACCACAGAUGGAGACAUGGAGUGGAGAAAUGUGCUUAAAGAAGGGAGACAGAAGGUCCUAAUAACGGCAGAGACCAACAAACUGGCUGUGAGCUUGUGGAGCAGACUCAUCCCAAAGGAAGUGAGAGGGCAAUAGUCAAUGUUUUUGAAGCACUACACAAGGAUGGAAAUAAAUUUCAAAAAACCCAAUUGCACCUUACUGCAGACAGCUGGGAAGGCACCCUAACUCCAGAUCCUCAUGAGCAAGGGAGAACUCUCACCAUACAGGAUCAUAAAAGGUAGAGAGUUGGAAGUCCUUCUGAAAAUGACCUGAUGAGAUAUAUUCCUUUGGAAAGAGAAGGCCAAAGCAACGUACCUGCAUUGAAGGUUUUCAUUCCCUGUACACCUUUGGCAGGAGCUCACUAUGACAGGGCAGAGUCUGAAGGCUUUAUCUGAAGCGAAUUUUGAAGACAAUGAGAUCAGCAUCAACGUUGGAGGCUUUAAGAAAAAGAUGAGAUCCAACAUGUUAUUAAGGUUCCCUGAGACCAGGCUGGGCAAACUGCUGAGCUGCCACUCAAAGGAGUCAAUACUGGAGCUCUGCGACGACUAUGAUGACACCAAGAAUGAAUUUUAUUUUGACAGGAACCCCGAGCUCUUUCCUUACGUGCUACAUUUUUAUAACACUGGCAAGCUCCAUGUGAUGGGUGAACUCUGCGUGUUUUCUUUCAGCCAGGAGAUUGAAUACUGGGGAAUCAAUGAAUUCUUUAUAGACUCCUGCUGCAGUUACAGCUACCAUGGGAGGAAAAUGGAACCAGACCAAGAAAAAUGGGAGGAACAAAGUGACCAGGAAAGCACCACAUCUUCUUUUGAUGAGAUUUUGGCGUUCUACAACGAUGCCUCUAAAUUUGACAAACAACCCUUUGGAAACAUCAGAAGGCAGCUCUGGCUAGCUUUGGAUAACCCCGGCUAUUCAGUCUUAAGCCGAAUCUUCAGUGUCCUUUCAAUAGUGGUGGUGCUGGGCUCCAUUGUGACCAUGUGCCUGAACAGCCUUCCAGACUUUCAGAUUGUUGACAGCAACGGGAACCCUGAGGAAGACCCUCGCUUUGAAAUCGUGGAACAUUUUGGUAUUGCAUGGUUCACUUUUGAACUGGUGGCGAGAUUUGCAGUAGCUCCUGACUUUUUAAAAUUUUUCAAGCAUGCCCUGAAUUUGAUUGACCUAAUGUCUAUCCUUCCAUUUUAUAUUACCUUAAUUGUCAACUUGGUGGUGGAAAGUAGUCCAACUUUAGCAAAUUUAGGCAGGGUUGCACAAGUCCUGAGACUCAUGAGGAUCUUUCGCAUAUUAAAGCUUGCUAGACACUCCACAGGUCUCAGGUCUCUUGGAGCCACCCUGAAGUAUAGCUACAGAGAAGUGGGGCUUCUUUUACUUUACCUCUCUGUUGGCAUCUCCAUUUUCUCAGUAGUGGCUUACACCAUUGAGAAAGAAGAGAAUGAGGGGUUAGCCACCAUCCCUGCUUGUUGGUGGUGGGCUACCGUUAGCAUGACCACCGUUGGCUACGGGGAUGUUGUGCCAGGGAGCACUGCUGGCAAGUUGACGGCAUCUGCAUGCAUCCUAGCCGGUAUCCUAGUGGUAGUGCUUCCCAUUACACUGAUCUUCAAUAAAUUCUCCCACUUCUAUAGGCGUCAGAAGCAGUUAGAGAGUGCCAUGAGAAGCUGUGAUUUUGGUGAUGGCAUGAAAGAAGUUCCAUCAGUCAACUUAAGGGACUACUAUGCUUACAAAGUUAAAUCCCUUAUGGCCAGUCUUACCAAUAUGAGCAGGAGUACCCCCAGUGAGCUGAGCCUGAAUGAUUCACUGCAUUAGUGUACAAGUUUGACAGCAGUUUGCAUGAGAGCUAUCAAGAGCAAUGUUUAUAAAUGUUUUCCUAUUUGUCAUCUUUUUUCCUAGAGGAUAGUGUGCUGAUGCUGCACUAACUUUGCACUUGAGAACCUAAAGACAUUUCUGUUACAAGUUGACAGUUUGCACAUUCUCAUCCUGUUGCAUAGGUACUAAACGCUGACUUUUCCAUACAAAUGUUACCACUUCCAUGACAUUAGUGCUAGCGGUAUAGUGAUGAUCUGCUGCUUGGUGCAUUUCCUCCUCUGAGCAGAAAAAUGAACAGGCCCACGUGGAAAAAAAUUCUCAGCUCUGACACGAGUAAUGAAAAAAAUCACCUAUCACCUAUGCUGUACUAGUGUAGGACUUCCCAUGCCUUUUACAACAGUUCAAAACAAUCAGUCACCUGUGAAUCAUUGACAUGGGAACACCUUUCCCUAUCUUUCUGACUGGUAAUUCUGAUCGUCACAUGUCUGAAAACACCUCUGAGAUUCACAUUUCAAUGGAAGUUGGUUUACUCUUGACCACGUGUGUUAAAAACUGGGUGUUCUUGUUCUGAAAUGUUAUGUAUGGUAAUAUUUUUCAGAAGCUACUAAGCAUAGACCUACCUCUGCUUCCAAGAUUAGAUCAAUCCUGAGCCCUCCAAAGAAUCCCACUCCUCGUUUUCAGAUAGCUACCUAUUCAAAGACUACGUUUCCACCAGUGACCCUAGGUACGGUGGUUCAUGAAGACAUCUCAGGUUCACAUGUCCAGAAGUGAUCUGCACACAGCUUGGUUCCAGUGAAGCUGAAGAUUUGCUGUAUUUCAGUCUGUCAGAAAUCUUCUGAGAUUAGACACACAAAAACUUGGGUUUUCAACAAUUGGAAGCUCCAAGGAAAGACUUGGAUUUGUUUAAUGAAGUGAAAUAUUCCCCCAUGAACAGUAUAGGCAGCAUUUUAGGAACUGACAUUCAUAUACUGCAAAAAGACUAAUUAUAAAAUUGCCAUAUGUGAUGCUGAGAUAUAAAAUCUAAUUUUAUCAGGAAAGCUUGAAAACAGGUGUUGAUGGCAGACAAUUCCAUUAAGCUUUCUGCCAAGGAAACUCUAAGAAAAAAAACCCCAGUAAGUCACAUUUUCCCUCAGAAAGGAACUCACAACUUACAGCUAAGGAAGGGUAUAAGGGCCUAAGAAAGGAACAGAUAAAGAAAAAUUGCUUAAUACUGCACUCACUGUGGGCAGAUCCUCCCACCUGCUUCUGUGACGUAUGUAGUCGAUUUAAAUCCUUUCAAGGUCUGGCCUGUAAGAGGUUUGUUCUUUGGGGUUUUUUUUAAGAAAAAAAAAAAAGACAUGAGAGAGCAGAUCAUCUGGGUUUUCAAGAGUAAUCAUGAAUCUGUAUAAACUUUUUCUUGAGUGCUCAGCCUCUUCCCUUACACAGUCGUAUAGGGAUCAAACACUUGUAACGAACAGGCAGAAGCCACUGUUUCCUCUCUUCACGCGUCUAGGGAUUGGUGCUAUAAAACAUACUACUGGUACUCAUUGGGCAGAACCCACUCUUCAGAUCCUUCUGCUUUUCCAUCCCAUUUAUUACAUAUAAUGUUCCUAUUAAUAAUUUUUUAAUUAUUUUGGUUUUACUUGUGAAGACUAGAGAGGUUCAGAAAAUAAAUUCAAGCUAUAUAGAAGAGAAAUUAAAAUACUAAAGCUCAAAUGGUCAUGUUUGGAAGCCUGUGCUUGUGUACCGCAACAAGGAGCAGCCCAACUGGCAGAAUAAAGCAAAUACGGCAUGAAUAGGUAAUUCCCCUUUUUAGGCUAUUAGAGGUUGCUGUCUGGUCUGGAUCAGCUCCACCUAAAACCAGAAAUCUAACCACUCAGGAUCAGAUUCCUGUAUGCCCAGUGACGUGAAAUAACUUACCCCCACCGCCACCAUUUCCUCUGAACACCCUCCCCUCACGGCAGUUAGUAGUUGAUUUAGGCCAUGAAGUGUGAGGGAAACGGGUCCUUUCUAACCUUACCAAAGAAAACUCUUGGAGAUUUCAACAUAGCCUGCACAACUUAUAAAGUCAAUAGGCAAGACAUUGCUCGCUGUCCCUGAAAAUCAGAGCGCCAUAUACAUGGCUGUGAAGGUACAUUUAGAUAACCCAAUUUAAGUGUCCGAACUUGAAGCAUUUUGCUAAGGUUUUCACUUCUGGAGGGCUGGUUCAAGUUCUCUGUUGGGUCACAGGCAUAGAUUCAAUAGUCUUGUCCCUGCUUCAUAUUGCACGUGUGUAAACUAUCGUACACCUACAAACACCCGUCCAAAACACGGCACAGAACUAGGUUGCCUCUUGGAUUGAAAUGCCGUGGAAUAAGGGAAGAGACGGGCUUGUGCAGCACAUACAGGUUACAUACAGGUUACAUGCUGCAAGGGUGGCAAACUCUUCCACUUAUGUUGCAGGACACUGCAAGUUCUCACUAGGUCUGUUGGUUGGGGGCCUUCAAGGAAUCCAGCGCCAAGCAGUGGGUUUAUCUCAGUUUCACAAGCAGUAAAUUCAGAGUUGAAAACCAAUGACUUUCAGGGCAGUUAUUUGAAAAGACCUGUAAACUUGCCAAAGAGUCACAAAUUCCCUCAGCUGUUGCUAGUUUAGCAUUGCAAAGGUUGGAUCUAAACUUUGCAACACAUCAUUUCAAUAACCUAUAGCUUAUCUUACGUUCUAGAUUUAUUAUUAUUCGUAGGGCUGAUGCUCUGUCAUUUCGGCAAAUAUUGAAUGGAACGUGUCCAAAUUGCAUUUUACUAAAGAAAAUGAAAUGCCCCAAGGAAUUAUGACUUUUAUUGUACUGGUUGAAAGGAAUUUUCAUUAUUGCUUUUUUAUAUAAAUGCUUUGGAUCAAAGACACUAAAUAAAUAAAGUACUGAAAUUUAA